CUCUCUCUCUCUCUCUCCCUCUCUCUCUCUCUCUCUCUCUCUUUCUCUCUGUCCUAGAAUAGAACACUCUCACACUCUGUCACAGUGCUUUAGUUCACAAGUUGCUCCCCCUGAGAGGCUGAGAUCACCGGUAAUUCUCCAGCAAUGGCUCAUUUCUCAGGAGAUUUUAUGAAAUGAAUUUGAAGAUGAAUAAUGUUUAGCUAGUUACAAAUUUGGGAGUUUGUCCGGAGAAAAAAAAAAUUACUGGAAUAAAGAACAGGUUUUUACCUGUUUUCACAUCUGAGGAUUGAGUUGAGAAAUGGAUUCCAAUAUUUCCAUUCCGGAAGUGAAAGAUUUCCCAAAAGACACUACUUGGAUUCCAUCCACUCCAGCAAAGCCCGGUGUUCCAAUCUGCAAAAGUGGUCAGGGAAAUCGGCCAGCUGAGGAGGCCUCAUUAGAGUUGCAAAGUGUUUCUCAAGAAUGCUCUGUGAGCGAAAUGGGGGAGUUAAAAUCAAGAGGACUCUCGCAAUCAAACGAGGAUCACAGCUUAUCUGGGGAUAGCGUGAAGAAUGUACUUACAGAUGGGGGCUUUGACGAGGGCGAAGCAGCAGCUCCUGCAAAUGCGAAUUCCCAAACGCAUGCAGAAGCUAUGAAUGUGCGUGACAUAUUGUGUACGGAUGAUGCGGACAAAUGGAGCAACAUGAAGUUUGCGGAUAUUCUGGCACUUGCGGAUGCUGCAGGUGGAAAUGCAACUGCUAAGGAAGCUUUCAAUGCCCUCUGCUUUUCAAAGAUGUCAGGUGGAAGCCCAAUUUGCUCGAGUAUCCCUUUCAAUCAGAAUCCCCCUCCUGGAAUUGCAGAUGUGACCUCAAGCAGUAAUAGCUCAUUCCUAUUUACACCCAGGACUCCGGAUCAGACCAAGAGAAAAGAUGGGGGACAAGUUUCUGAUGUACUAAAUAUAGAAAAUAACGAUAGACAGAUACUAAUAACAAGAGAUGCUCAGGAAAACAGCGAGGAGAACAAGCUCGAAAAGAAAGAGGUGUCAGAGCUGGUUAAGGAGCCAGAGAACCACAAGCCUGACUAUGGGGACAGCCCAGGUAGUAAAAUGAAUAAGACACCACAGCAGAAACCAAGAAGAAAGAAGCACCGGCCAAGGGUUGUCAUAGAAGGCAAACCUAAGAGGACAUAUAAACCAAGAACCCCGAAGAAUUCUGGCAUAGAGGAGACUCAGACUGUAAAGAGGAAGUAUGUCCGAAGAAAAGAAGUGAACAAUCCUGCCGUUGCUCCAUCUGAUGAUGGUUCAAAUGUCAUAAAUUCUGAGACAAAGCCUCCUAGUUCAAAUGAAACCCCUACAAGCAAGCCUCCUAGUUCAAAUGAAACCCCUACAAGCAAGAGGAAGAAUGUCCGAAGAAGAGGUAAAGAGCCUGCAGUUACUCUGUCAGACAUGGAUUCAAAUGCUCUAGAUCCUGAGACAAAGUCUCCUGAUUCGAAUGAAACCCCAAAAUGCAAGAGGAAGUAUGUCCGGAGAAAAGGAGUCAACAAUUCUGCAGGCACUCCUUCAGAUGAGGGUUCAAAUGCUAUAGAUUCUGAGACAAAGUCUCCUGGUUCAAAUGAAACCCCAAAAUGCAAGAGGAAGUAUGUCCGCAGAAAAGGAGUCAGCAAUUCUUCUGGCACUCCAUCAGAUGAGGGUUCAAAUGCUGUAGAUCCCGAGACAAAGUCUCCUGGUUCGAAUGAAACACCAAAAAGCAGAAGGAAGAAUAUCCUGAGAAAAGUAGUCAACAAAUUUGCAGGCACUCCAUCAGAUGAGGGUUCAAAUGUUACAGAUCCUGAGACAAAAUCCCGUAGUUCAAAUGAAACACCAACAGGCAAGAGAAAGUGUGUUCAAAGAAAUCAAGUCAAUAAGUCACCAAUUGAUCAGACUGAAAAGGGAAGCUGUGUAACUAUUGAGCCAAUAACAGUUUCUCAUCCUAGAAGAUCCUGCAGGAGACAUCUAAAUUUUCAAUAUGAGGAGCUAGUCACAGAUGAUAAUUCCACUCAGCCAUCUUCAAACAUCGAUGACCCAGAUGUGCAAAAAUUCUGCAAACAAGACCAAUCAAUGCCAACCAUACAGCUUGGACAACACAGAGAAGCAAAUGAAGAACUGCCUGAACUGAGAACUGCUUAUUCACAGCCAGAAAGACAUACUAGCAAGACUGACUCAACAUAUGACAAAAAAUCAAUGGAUUGGAACACCAGUGGGGAAUGUAAGAUCCUUCUCUCAGAUGGAACUCAUGAUAAAGAGAAAAACCUUCCAGAUAUGACAGAGUAUACUGAAGCUCAACAUGCAAAACAGAAUGCAAACAGUUUUAACUGUAGCAGCAGUGCAUUAUUGACCGAGGAAAUGCAAGUAAGAGUCUCCAAAACACAGCAAUCAUGCUUAGCCAAAGAAGUUUUACUUUUCAGCAAAAUUGAUGGGGAAAUUCGAUACAAUUCUUUGCAAGCAUACCCAGCAAUUCUUCCAUUAGAAAGAAAUGACAUAGACAGAACCAGUGAGAUACAUUUUCCUACAGUUAGCAAAAAGAGAACUGAGAAGGAACACAAAAUAAUAUCUUCUCAAUGUGAUGCUAGAGGCGUCAUCACAAGCAAUGUCACAAGUAAACCAGCACAGAACCUUCAGCAAUUGAAAUAUCUUCAAACAUUUGUUGACUCAGGCAGGUUGAAAAGGAAAAGGUCAGCAGGCCUCCCUCAAGUACAUGACUUAGCAUUGAUGCAUGUGAGAGAAGUAACAUCUGGAUUUGGACAGACAUUCUCACUCCCACACCAUAGUGACCAUACAUCAAAUAAAGCUCUGGCAACUGGCACUCACCAAAUAAUAACAAAAAAGAAAGCAAGAAGGAACAAAGUCAAUGGUGCAGAGGCCCCAAAUAUAUAUGCUCAACAUCAAUUCACUAGUACUGCAAAUGGUCUUCUGCCAGAUCACGCAUGGAGUGGCCUGUCUCCAGUUGAUCAAAUUGUAGAACAGUUCAAUCAUCUCAAUAUAAAUGCAGAAAGCAACCAACUUGCUUAUCACAACCAAAGAACAAAUGCCAUUGUUCUUUAUCAACAAGAUGGAACUAUUGUGCCUUUUGAAGGUGCAUUUGGUCAGAUUAGAAAACGCCGACCAAGGGCUAAAGUUGAACUUGAUGAUGAGACAACUAGAGUUUGGAUGCUUCUGAUGCAAGAUAUAAAUAGUGAAGGCAUACAAGGAACAGAUGAGACAAAGGCAAAAUGGUGGGAAGGAGAGCGACAAGUGUUUCAUGGAAGAGUAGAAUCAUUUAUUGCACGUAUGCGUCUUGUCCAGGGAGACAGGCGCUUUUCUCCUUGGAAAGGAUCUGUUGUAGACUCUGUAGUGGGAGUUUUUCUUACUCAAAAUGUGUCAGAUCACCUCUCAAGUUCUGCUUUCAUGUCACUUGCUGCAAAAUUUCCACUCAAGCCAAGUAGAAGUGCAAAGCUGGACGAAGGGAGAACAAGUAUAAUUAUUGAAGAGCCGGAAAGUUAUCAAAUUGAAGAUUCAGGAAUCAACGUUGAGCCACAGAUUGAUAUUGAAGAAAACAACUUUAACCUGAAGGUAGAACAAGAUGGCCCAGUGUCUUUGGAAAUUCAAGAUAUCACAGAGCAACCCAGCAUAUCUGUUGAUUCACUUAAAUCUGACCAUGGGUCUAUGGAGUCAAAUUUAGAUGGCCAAAACAAUCAGUUUGGUAACAUAGUUGAUAGAACAAGCACCAGUCCCUCUAAUGGGAAAAGGAGAAGACCUGGGAAAGAGAAACAGAAUGAAGUUCAUUGGGAGAGUUUAAGACAGCAGGCACAGGCCAAUGGUAAGAAAAGAGAGAGAACAGUGAACACAAUGGACACUGUGGACUGGGAAGCAGUAAGGCUUGCAGAUGUUGGCGAGGUUGCUGAAAGCAUCAAAGAAAGGGGAAUGAACAACGUGCUAGCAGAGAGAAUAAAGAUGUUCCUUAAUCGUCUUGUUAGAGAACAUGGAAGUAUUGAUCUGGAAUGGCUAAGAGAUAUUCCACCAGACAAAGCAAAAGAGUAUCUAUUGAGUUUCAAGGGGUUGGGUCUGAAGAGUGUGGAGUGUGUGCGACUUUUGACACUUCAUCAUCUGGCUUUCCCAGUUGACACAAAUGUUGGGCGUAUUGCUGUGAGACUUGGCUGGGUGCCUCUGCAGCCAUUGCCCGAGUCACUACAACUGCAUCUUCUAGAGAUGUACCCGAUAUUGGAAUCCAUUCAGAAAUAUCUUUGGCCACGGCUCUGCAAGCUUGAUCAAGAAACUUUAUAUGAGCUUCAUUACCAUAUGAUAACCUUUGGAAAGGUCUUUUGUACAAAAAGCAAACCAAAUUGUAAUGCAUGUCCAUUGAGAGGAGAAUGCAGACAUUUUGCAAGUGCAUUUGCAAGUGCAAGGCUUGCACUUCCAGCACCAGAGGAAAAAGGCAUUGUAAGCAUAAUGGAAAGCAAAGCAGCUGAACACAACCCAAUAUGUGCUUCCAAUCCAUUGCAGCUGCCCUUACCUCAGACUGUCGAAGAAUCAGUAGCACAGUCUGGUGGCAGCUACUCUCAACCUAUUAUUGAAGAGCCAGCAACACCCGAACCAAUAGUCGAAGUGCCUACCACACCAGAGGUAGAGAAACUACCACCAGAAAUAGAUAUUGAAGAUACUUAUGGUGAUGAUCCUGAUGAAAUUCCGAAGAUUGACCUCAAUAUGACACAGUUUGUUCAAAAUUUGAAAAUGUUUGUGGAAAACAAUAUGGAACUUACUCAAGCUGAAAUGUCAAAGGCUCUGAUUACUUUAACUCCACAAGCUGCAUCCAUUCCCACACCUAAACUCAAACAUAUUAGUCGGCUCAGAACAGAACAUUAUGUCUACGAGCUCCCAGACUAUCAUCCUCUUCUAAAUGAGUUGGACAAAAGAGAACCAGAUGACCCAUGUUCCUACCUUCUAGCAAUAUGGACACCUGGUGAAACUGCAAAUUCUGUUCAGCCACCAGAAAGACACUGCAGCUCCCAAGAAUCUGGGGAACUAUGCAACAAGGAAACAUGUUUUGCAUGCAAUUGUAUACAAGAAGGUCAUUCCCAGACUGUUCGAGGGACACUUCUGAUACCAUGCCGAACAGCUAUGAGAGGAAGCUUUCCUUUGAAUGGUACAUACUUUCAGGUUAACGAGGUAUUUGCUGAUCACGAGUCCAGUCUCGAGCCAAUUGAUGUUCCAAGGGAUUGGUUGUGGAAUUUGCCUCGAAAAACUGUUUUCUUUGGAACCUCAAUACCAACAAUAUUCAAAGGCCUAUCAACAAAGGAAAUCCAAUACUGCUUCAGGGAAGGGUAUGUUUGUGUUAGAGGAUUCGACCAGAAGUCACGAGCACCUCGACCACUGAUGGCUAGGUUGCACUUCCCAGCAAGCAAGCUGGCUAAGACUAAAGGAAAGGCAGACGAGACUAGGCAUGAACAGCCACUGAAACAGCAAUACUAGCACAAGUUCAGAACAGAGUGGCUUGCCAUUUGAAACAACUAUGCUGUCUGUCUGAAAUAGGCAUUUGGUUUAGUUAUACAUGUGUUUUAGAACUCUAGAAUGAAGAUGAUAUUCAAAAAAAAAAAAGAAAAAAAUCCCAUUUAGCUAGAAAAAUCAGUAAAAGUUACAAUUAGUCGCUAGUAUUUAAUUUCAGGACAUGUAAUCGAGUUGCAUUGUAGCCAUUUCGUUAACUUUCUUUGAAUGCUUACAUAUUUUCGAGCAGAAUUGGGAUAUUAAGGGUGCAGGUACAGGAUUCAUGUGCAAA